CCAAAUCCGUUCAAAAUGGUUGACCGCAAGGCUGUGAUCAAGAAUGCCGACAUGUCCGAUGACAUGCAACAGGACGCCAUCGACUGCGCCACCCAGGCCCUCGAGAAAUACAACAUCGAGAAGGAUAUUGCCGCUUACAUCAAGAAGGAGUUCGACAAGAAAUACAACCCAACCUGGCAUUGCAUCGUCGGAAGAAACUUUGGAAGCUACGUGACCCACGAGACUAAGCACUUUAUCUACUUCUACCUUGGACAGGUCGCCAUCCUGCUAUUCAAGUCUGGAUAAAUCCCAUCCUGUUCUUAAAAAACAUUCAAUGAUCUUUAAAUUGUGACCUGAUCCUACGUGUACCUUAGGUGGCGUAGGAUCUUCAGUGUGCACUCUUGUUAAAUCUUCCUUUUCCUCCCAAAAAACAUUUUCCUUCGUCGCAUUCUAUUUAUUUAGCUCAAACUGUUCAUUUUCUUUGAAUCUUCCUCCAUCACCCAUAAAUCUUCUUACGUUGUCCGUUUUUGAGAGAAAAGAGAACUCAUAAUAUUUUUG